UCCUUCUACGUGUAACGCCGUUAAAACGAUUCUUUCCCAUUGUAUCCGCUUUUAACAACUCUCGUCGUCAUCUCCAUCGUCCAUUUUCUCUCAGCUAUAUUUUAAUGGCGACGAUUCAGAAGCAAGAAGAAGUUGGAGGCAAAGAUCAAAGCCUAAGAGCCGUUGAUCUAACCAUCUUCCACGGCGUCAGAAACGUCGAAACUUCAAGACCUUUCCAAGUAAACCCCACAGUGAGUCUCGAGCCCAAGGCGGAGUCGGUGAUGCAGAUGCAGGCUCCAUCGAUUUCAAUGUCUUUAACUCCACCUUCGUCGACGGGACCACCAUUGAAGAGAGCUUCGACUAAAGACCGUCAUACGAAGGUUGAAGGAAGAGGGAGAAGGAUACGGAUGCCUGCCACGUGUGCGGCUAGGAUUUUUCAACUAACUCGAGAGUUAGGUCACAAAUCCGACGGCGAAACGAUUCGGUGGCUGUUGGAGAACGCUGAGCCGGCGAUUAUCGCCGCCACGGGAACGGGAACGGUUCCCGCCAUCGCUAUGUCGGUUAACGGAACCUUAAAAAUCCCGACGACAACGAACGCUGAUUCUGAUUUGGGUGAAAAUCCGAUGAAGAAGAAACGUAAACGACCUUCUAACAGUGAGUAUAUAGACAUAAGCGACGCCGUUUCAGCUUCCUCCGGUUUAGCUCCCAUUUCCACGACGACAACGAUCCAACCUCCGCCAGCUCUGGCAUCAUCCACCGUGGCUCAGCAACUUCUGCCGCAAGGAAUGUAUCCGAUGUGGGCUAUUCCAUCAAACGCAGUGAUUCCGACGGUCGGAGCUUUCUUCUUGGUUCCACAAAUCGCUGGUCCGUCGAAUCAGCCUCAGUUAUUAGCUUUUCCCGCCGCGACUCCGUCGUCUUACGUCGCCGCUGUUCAGCAGGCUUCCUCGAUGGCUAGACCACCUCCUCUUCAAGUUAGUCCAAGCAGCGGCUUUGUAUCCGUUUCAGACAUUAGCGGUUCGAAUUUAUCAAGAACGACGUCGGUUAUGGCUCCAAGCUCAAGCUCCGGCAUAACAACAGGUGGUUCAUCGUCUACUGCAACAACAACGACGCACACGCUCAGAGACUUCUCGCUAGAGAUAUACGAGAAACAAGAGCUUCACCAGUUCAUGAGCACCACAACAACACGGUCAUCGAACCACUGAAGAAAAGAAAGAAAAACGACGGCGUAUU